AUGGAGGCAGUAGGACACAAAAGACAAAAAAUCGGAAAUUUUAAUUAUACACUUACACCUACUGUAUUACAAAAUCUUGCUGACCUUGAGCUUUGUUUAAAGACGAAGUAUGGGUUAUGCUUGAUCGGACCUCCUUCUAGUGGUAAAACUACCUUGAUUCAGAUUUUGGCUGAGCAAAAUGGCCAUGAGCUUAUAAGCCUUUUCAUUGACAGCUCGAUUGAUAGCAAGACUCUUCUAGGAACUUAUCUAUGCACUGAGGUGCCAGGUGAGUUUACAUGGGUCCCAGGUCUUUUAACUCAAGCUGCUUUGGAUGGGGCAUGACUCAUAUUAGAGCAAUUUGAUAAGAUGCCUGAAGACAUCUAUUGCCUUUUUUCGCAUCUAUUAGAAACUAACACACUACACAUUCCAAACAGAGGACAAAUUAUAAAGCCAGCAAAUGGGUUUAGACUAUUUGCCACAGCUGAAAAAAUGCCAAGCCAAUAUAAUCUGUCUAAUUGGCUUACACAUCAUAUAAUUCCGUUAAACGAAAGUGAUUUAUUUGACCUAGCUCCUUUAAGAAUCAGCAAAAGCGAUUUGUUAAGAGAUUUAUUAAUUAAAUGCUUCGGAGCUAUGAAAGAAAUAAAAGGAAAUGAAUUGGUAAAUCGAGACUGGUUCAAAUUGUGCGAUAGAGUGAAUUAUCAUGUGAAAAAUAUUUAUGGGGAUAGAGAAAUGAAUAAUUUUUUUAAGAUUAAGUAAGCUGUUAGUCCUAGACAGGGUCGGGGAUUUCCACCUUACAUGCUCAUUGUCCCGAUGGACCCCUGCAGACACCCUUCCUCACUGCCGCAGGCAAGGGAUUCUCACUACCGAUCUUGACUUCCAUGAUUCCUGGAGCCCUAAGAGCCCAUUAUCUGGGUCGAAACUCCCCCAGUUUCUCGUUAGGGAAGAUGCCACCUUUUGAGCCCUACUCGAGAGAUUUAUCGUUCUCUUGGGGUUUUUGCUGGUCCUGCCCUUUCCAAUGAUUGUCUCGGAGAAAAAACUCAAAGUCCUAGGGAUCAUCUCCAGUGCUGAAAAAAACUUACCCCUAUAUACACAAAGGUUGCUGACCUUCUCUUUCUGCCCUUUCCCUCUGGACCAUUGUGAUCAAGAAAAAGGGUCAGGAGGUCGGGUGUUCUGUCAUCACCAUUUUAAUGUAUAUAAAUGAAUAAUAUAAUCACUGAGAGCUUAAGAGAAUUAAUAUUCCUCGAAGCUAUGGGGGUUUUACUCGGAACAAGAGAUAAAGCUCAAGCAAUAGAGUGCUUAGCUGGAUGCUUGAGCAUAGACAAAGAGCAUUUAAAAGCAUUUUAUGAAAACCGGACUAUCAGACUAACACUAACUGAAGAUUCUAUACAGAUUGGAAAAGCUCCAGGAUUACCUACAAGCAAUAAACCAAAUUCAAUUAACUUUGCAUGCACUCCUUAUACAUUGAGGCUGCUCGAAAACUUAUGCACUGGCAUUGCUAGCUCAGAAAGUUUACUUCUAGUCGGAGAAACAGGGAAUGGAAAAACAACCAUCGUCCAAUCCUUACCCCCCCUUCCGUGAGUGAACAAAACCAUUAGAAAAAUCCCUAUUUUAUGCCCAAAAACCCACCCUCCGUGAGUGAACAAAAAUUUUUUUAAUAGGAAAAAUUUUUUAAGGAAAAAAAAAUUUAUAUAUAAGUGAUAAUUAGUAUAAUGAAAUCUCAUUUAAUUUUAAACAAAUUGCUUUUUAAAAUAUAAAUUUUAUAAAUUAAAUUAAUAUUUGCUUUGUAAUUUUUGCAAAUUAAGAUUUUUUUAAAUUUGGAAAAAAAAAUAUUUUAUAAAAUUUAUAUAUAAAUUUUUUUAAAAAAAAAAAAAAAAUUAACCCCCUCCGUGAGUGAACAAAAUUUUUUUGUUCACUCACGGAGGUGGGGGGUAGUUAGCAAAACUAUUAGGUGCGAAACUAUAUGUACAUAACCUUAGCCAAGUAUCUGAUCCUUCAGAUAUUGUUGGCGGCUUUAAACCUAUUGCCGUCUCAACAUUACUAUCUCCACUGGUAUCUGACUAUUACGACCUAAUCCCAAUCAUCCUUGACAAACCCAAUUUUUCUCAACUUUUCAAUAAACUUCGCAAAUCUUUUACACAGCAAAAAUGGCACAAAGUAAUAAAAUACAUGCAAAUUUCAUAUACAGAAAUCCAAACCCUCCUUCAGAAAGGAACUAUUUCUUUAUCUGCAGAAAUCAUGCAAAAACUUACAAAGUUAACUGAAGAAACCAAAAGCACCGAAAAUAAGCUAAAAGCAUCCCAUUUUGCGUUUCAAUUUGUAGAAGGGUCUCUUGUCAAAGCAUUAAAAGAAGGGUCAUGGAUUCUUCUAGAAGAAAUAAACUUGGCUGAAAACGAAAUGCUGGAAAGGCUUCAUAGCGUUUUAGAAGGCAGAGGAAUCACACUUGUAGAAAAAGCUGAAAGCAAAGAAAUAAAGCCACAUGUAAAUUUUAGGCUGUUUGGAUGUAUGAACCCAGGAAAACAAGUUGGGAAAAAAGAGCUACCAAGCUCACUAAGGGCUAAGUUUACUGAAAUUUGGGUUGAAGAAAUGGAGAGAUUUGAAGAUAUAAAAGAAGUCGUUGUAUGAUAUCUUGAAGGAAGAGCUGAUAGAGGCAUUAUGGAUAAAAUCGUCAAUUUUUAUCUUGAAACUAGAAAAAUGUGCAGAGAAGGGAUGCUUGAGGAUGGUAGAGGGAAAAUUCCUCAGUACUCGAUGAGAACUUUAUGUAGAGCACUCAGGUAUGUGCAAGAAUUUGGACCGCUAUAUGGGGUUCAGAUAUCAUUGUUUAAUGCUUUGAGGAUUUUCUUCGAAACAAUGCUGUCUCCCCAAUCUCGGAUUGAGUUCUUGAAAAUUGUAAAAAACCUUGACCCUCCACCUACAAGAAUGCCAAAAUCUCCCUCAUCAGCACAUAUAGAACUCUUUGGGUUUUGGCAUGAAAAAGGUCCAUUACCUGAAUUUAAUGACCCUAAUUUUAUUUUGACUCCUUCUGUACGAGAAUAUUUAACACAAUUAUCCCGUGCAAUAAUUUUCAAAAAUAACGCAAUUUUAUUAGAAGGCCCCACAAGUAGCGGGAAAACCAGUAUGGUGAAAUAUUUAGCUGGCUUAACAGGCCAUGAGUUUCUAAGGAUAAAUAAUCACCAGCAUACUGAUAUAGAAGAAUAUAUAGGCUCUUAUGUUUCAGAUGAAAGAGGCAGACUUAUAUUCCUUGAAGGUCCACUAGUAAAAGCUGUAAAAGAAGGAUAUUUUGUAGUCCUUGAUGAGCUUAAUCUUGCCCCUUCUGAAGUAUUAGAAGCUUUAAACAGGCUUCUUGAUGACAAUAGAGAACUUUUUAUAACAGAAACACAAACCACUAUUAAACCACACCCUCAUUUCAGGCUAUUUGCCACACAGAAUCCUACUGGAUAUGCUGGGAGAAAAGAGCUUUCCAAAGCUUUUAGAAAUAGGUUUGUAGAAAUGUUUAUUCCUGAACUGCCUGAUUCUGAACUUAUACAGAUUUUGGAAAAAAGAGGAAAACUAGCACCUUCUUAUGCACAAGUUUUGAUUAAUGUCAUGAGGGAAUUGCAAAGGCAUCGACAACAAACUAGAGCAUUUUUGGGGAGACAAGGGUUUAUUACAAUUAGAGAUCUAUUAAAAAUAGCCAAUAGAGAGCCUAUUGGGUACGAACAAUUGGGGCAUUUCACUUUUGCAGUAUUAGGAGAAAGACUGAGAAAUGAAGAGGAAAAAGAAUUUGUAAAAAGUGUGAUAGAAAAAAACUGCAAAAAAAUAAAAAUUGAUAUGCCGAAAUUUUAUGAUGAAUACACAAAAAGCGAGAGCUUUCUAAUGGAUGUUGAAAGGCUAGACGAGACUAUUGGAGUUGCAAGAGGACUAAGAAAAAUUGCUUGGAAUUCACAUAUGAAAAGACUAUACACACUAGUAGACAUGGCAACUAAAUGCAAUGAGCCUGUUCUUCUUGUAGGAGAAACUGGAUGUGGAAAGACAACGAUAUGUCAAGCUUUAGCCUCUAUGAGGAACACUGAGCUGAAAUGUAUUAACUGUCAUCAAUAUACAGAAACUUCAGAUUUCAUUGGAAGCCUUCAACCGAUAAGAGAUAGAACUACUUUAAAUGAAAAUGAGCAAGAAGGCGGCCAUAAGCUCUUUGAAUGGGCUGAUGGGCCAUUAGUUGAAGCUUAUAACUUUGGCAAGUUUUUGCUGAUUGAUGAAAUUUCUCUUGCAGAUGACAGUGUUCUUGAAAGACUUAACAGUGUUUUAGAAAUUGAUAGAAAGCUUCUGGUUCCUGAAAAGGGAGGAGAAUGCAGCCUUGAAAUGGCAGCAGCUGAAGGAUUUCAGCUAUUCGCAACUAUGAAUCCUGGAGGAGAUUAUGGUAAAAAAGAACUUUCACCUGCAUUGAGGAAUAGAUUUACUGAGAUGUGGGUAAGAGUUGGGAUAGAGGAAGUCAACGAAGUGCUGAUAACGAUUUUAGAUGCUGAGAAGACAACAUUCCUUAUAAGAUUUAUUGAAUGGUACAACAGUUUUGCAAGGAUUCCUUUAUCUCUUAGAGAUGCUAUAGCAUGAUGUGAUUUCAUCAAAAAUUCUUCAUUAGAGUUUUCUGUUUCUUUUUGGGAAGGUCUGUCAAUGAUCUUGCUGGAUUACUCAGACGAUGCGAAUAAAGCAAAAUGCAUGAAAUUUAUCAUUGAAGAGCUUCAAAUCCCAGAGCCAAAAAUUGAGUAUAAUGUUACAGCUACACCUCAGCUAUUUGGGAUUUCACCUUUUUUCAUUGAAACCAAUUCAUUAUCUCUAUUAAGCAACUAUUCUUUCAAUGCACCAAACAUAAAGAAAAGUCUUUAUAGGCUAUUAAGAGCAAUACAGUUGAAUAAGCCUAUUAUGCUAGAAGGUCCCCCAGGAGUCGGGAAAACAAGUAUUGUUGAGUCACUUGGCAAAGUUACAGGACAUAAAGUUACAAGGAUUAAUCUUAGCGAAGAAACUGAUUUAAUUGAUCUUUUAGGAUGCGACAUUCCUAUAGGAGAAAGAUUUGAGUGGUGUGACGGAGUUUUGCUUUCAGCUAUCAAAGCUGGAGAUUGGGUCAUUCUUGAUGAGCUUAAUUUGUGUCCUCAACCAGUGAUUGAGGGCUUAAAUGCAUUACUAGACCAUAGAGCAACUGUCUAUAUCCCAGAAAUAAACAAAGAAGUCCAAUGCCCUAUUUCAUUCAGAAUUUUUGCAGCACAGAACCCAGUAGCUCAUGGAGGAGGCCGUAAAGGUCUUCCAAAGAGUUUUUUAAACAGAUUCACAAAAAUAUAUAUCAGUGAGCUUACAAAAGAAGAUUACAUCAGAAUUAUCUCAGACAUUUAUCCUAAUUUAGCUAAUAUCGACAAAAUAGUAGAAUUCAAUGAAAAGGUAAAGACUCAAAUCCAAGGACCCUGGGAGUUUAAUUUAAGAGAUAUGCUGAGAUGAUGCCAAGGUGCUUCAAUUGAACUUCUUUACUUCUAUAGAACAAAAACACCAGAACAUCGAGAAAAAAUCCAAGAAAUUUAUUAUGAAGUAUUUGGUUGCCAUCUAGUAAUUAGCCCAGUCCCUUAUUAUAGAGUCAACCCUGAUUACGUAGAAAUAGGAAAAUGCAAAAUUCCAAAUCUUAAACCCAAUACUAAUUUAGCCUUUAUUCCAAGCCAAAUGAACAUUUUAGAACAAGUCCUUUUUGCUAUUGAAAAAAGGUGGCCAAUUUUACUUGUAGGAGAUCAUUCAGUAGGCAAAACUUCAAUAUGCAGGCUAGCAAGUGUUUUGAUGAAUAAAAACUUAUAUGAAUAUACUUUAAGCCCAACUACUGACUCAAGCGAACUUUUAGGCUCAUUUGAACAGAAUGAAAACGGUAAAUUCGAGUGGUAUGAAAGCACGCUAGCAAAAGCACUGAGAAAUGGUGACUGGAUUUUAUUGAAAAACGCUAAUCUUUGUCCUGCGUCUGUUCUUGACAGAAUUAAUUCAUUAAUGGAACCAAAUGGAAGCUUGCUUAUAAAUGAGCGCGGCCAAGUAAAUGGAGAAAGCUAUAUCCUUAGAGCCCAUCCAGACUUUUGUAUGUUUAUUACUUUUAAUCCAAAGCUUGGAGAAGUUUCAAGAGCACUUCGUAAUAGAUGCAUUGAGAUUUCAAUGCUUGAGCAUUAUAACUAUAUGGACGUGCUCAGAAUAACUGGCUCUCAUUUCGUCACAAAGGAGAGCUUUGCUCGUUUAAUUAAAAAUGGGUUUGGGGAAAUUUUGAAGUGGGAAGAACUCAGCCGAUCAAUAGAAAAUAAAGAAAAAAGCUAUUCGUUAUUGUUUGGAGAUAGCAUAGAAGAUGAAAUGGAGGUAGAAGAAAGAUUGAUGUUUGAGAAAUUAAGCAAUAUACUUAAAUUGCCGAUCGAGUCGUAUUUAAAUGAAGACUUAAAGUUUUUGGAAAAGUGAAAUGACCAUAAUGAAGCUAAGGCAUGCUUUUUUACAAAUUCUUGCUACUUUGAUUGCAAUGAAAGAGCAAAUCAAGUUAAAAAUGGUAGUCUUGCUGAGUAUUUUCAAAACAUAUGAAAUGAAUACAGCAAUAAGGGUAUCUCAAUAGGCUAUUAUACACCUCUUUUGAACCCAAUUUGCCCUAUCACUCAAUAUAUUCCUUAUGAAAAUCAAGUUCAUCAUGCCUUAAUGCUAAAUUUAUCAAUUUUCAACCUAUCAUGGAAGGUGGAUAUUAACUUAAAGCAGCAAGUCGACUUAUUCCUUUAUCAUAUUGCAAGAGAUGAUUUCACCAAACACAAAAUAAUUUCAAAAUCAAUUAUACCAGAUGAAAUAUCUCUAUCUUAUGAAAAGCCUCUUCUUUCGAAAGAGCUUAUAUCUUCAUGAAAACAACGUGUCAGAACAUCAAUCAAAGCCUGCCCAAUUCCUCUUGAAAAGUUUCCAGCUGUGCUAUCAUCAAAUUUUGUAAAGAAACUAAUGAGCAACAUAAAUUAUUCUGAAGAAUUCCCUAAAAGAAGAGUGGUAGUUGUAUCUGGAGAAGAGUUUAUUGACCAAGAAAUCGGACUAAUAAUGGAUAAAGAAACAUGCCAAGCUGAGCAGCUGUUUUAUAUAGAAGAAAUAAAAGAUUUAUAUGAGCAGGUGCUAUUAAGAGCAUUAUCAAGAAUGGUAGACUCAUCUUCACUCACUGAUUUAGAUGUCAUUCAAUUUUUGAAUAAUGAGUAUAUACCAACUUCUCUAUUAAAGCCUUUAUGGAUAUUGAGGUAUAAGGUAGGGCUUCCUUUUUCUAUCAGAGAAAUCGCUUUACCUAUCUUGCAAGCUCCAAUUGUACCAGAAACUGAUUUUCUGAAAAUAUAUAGAGAUUCUAAAGAAACAACAAUUUUCAAUGCUACCAAGCAUUGGUUUUUAAUUAGAACUCUGCUGAAAUGGCCUCAGGUCAAGUCAUCUCUAGCAAUUCCCAAUUCGUAUUUAGAGCUAGUAUUUAAUGAAUUGACAAAUAAAAUUGAAGGCUCAGAGCUAGAACUAUAUUUCACUAAAAAUGAAAGCUAUAAGGCUGUUGGUCUUGGGCUAUGGCUUUAUAAGCUUUAUAAAGGCUUAAUAUGUGAUCCUUCAGAGCUUUAUAAAGGCUUGUCUAUUGAUUAUCAGCAAAUGCAGCAAGAAAUGGCACAGAGAGUUGAGAUAAGGCAAGACUACAGUGCUUUUCGAUAUGGGUACAAUUUUGAUAUUCCAAUUAUCACUUUCUAUUCGCAAUCCAUCCAGCAGCUAUCACAAAAAAUAAAUAAAGCUGAGCAAAAUAUAAUACCCAGGCCAGCAAACUCAGCAGAUAUUAUCAGUUAUAUUACCAAGCUGCCUUCUUAUGAAAGACUUUCUCAGCUUGUUUCUCACAACUUAACAUCUUUGGAAACUGAAGGAACUCGUUAUUUAUUUGACUUAUUGCAAUCUUUUCUAUCAACACUCAUAUCAUACCAAACCAUUUUCCCUGACCUUUGCUCUCCACUGUUAGAAGCAUUGCUUCUUAUUCAAUAUGGCUUAAAAUCUCUUUCAAUUAUUCCAUCUCCUGAAUUUAUCUAUCCUUUUACUUUUUCAAGCAUGCCAAUUUCUCUUCAGUCCUCUCUUAUUAAAGGUCACCUGUUCUAUGACUCUUCAUUCCUUCCUGAAUUUCUAACUACCCCUCGUGUGAGCUAACAAAAAAAGUUUGUUCGCUAAAGGAGGGAUUAAUUUUUUUUUUAAAAUUUAUAUAUAAAUUUUGUAAUAAUUUUUUUUUAGAAAAUUGCAAAAAUCCUAUCUCGCAAAUUUAAUUUAUAAAAUUUAUGUUUUAUAACAAUUUCACAGAAUUAGUUAGAGAUUUAAUUAUAAAAAUUAUCACUUAUAUAUCAAUAUAUUUUUAUAAAAAUUUUUGUUGAUAACUAAAAGAGGUUUUUUGCAUAAAAUAGGGAUUUUUUCCAAUUUUUUUGUUCGCUCACGGACGGAGGGGUAGAGUAAGGCUUAUUCUUGAUUUAACUGAAAUCAAAGAAUCUGAAGAGCCAAAAAAGCUAAAAAUUGUUAAAACUACUGACUCCUCAAAUCUAUGAGUAAGCAAAAUUAUUGAAAAACCCCUAAUUUUUAAAAAAAUAAAACUUCGUGGCGAACAAAAAUUUUUUUAAAUAUUUUGAUAUAUCAAUGAUUGAUAUAUAAAGCUAAUUCCGUUGAAUUUUAAACAAUCCGCAUUCAUAAACAAAGAUUUUAUAAACAAAUUAUUUUUCCUUCGAAUUAUUUUACUCGCCUACAGAUCGUGGGAGUGAGCUUGAAACUGUUCAUACAAUUGGUGAGCAGACAAGAGAAGAAAACAUUAGAGAAUAUGAAGAAAUUGAGAAGAGAGAAAUAGAAAAAUUGUUCCCAAAGUACAGAGAUGAAAGGGCGUGGAUACCUGUUGAAAUGAAGAAGAGGAAAGAAAUUAUUGAAGCCUGGAAAGACUGGGAAUUUGCAUGUGGGACGAGGGAUAAUGAGCUUAAAAAAAGGUUUUUAGGGCUGAUCAACCCAGAAAUUGCAGGAGUUUUCUUAAGCAAACCUUUAGAAAUCCACUUAAAAAAUUUAUGCAAUGAAUUCGAAUAUACCCCUGAAAAAGAAGCAUACAAUUUCUAUUUAGAUCCAAAUCCAAAAGAAGCUAUGGCAGCUUAUACACCUUUAGUGAAACUUAUUAGCAAGCUAGCAGAUUUUCUUAAAUUAUUCCCAGACCACGAAAUCCUUAUCCCCUCCAUGAGCGAACAAAACAUUGGAAAAUCCCACCCUUCGUGAGCAAACAAAUUUUUUUUUUAAAAACAUUUGAUGUAGAAGUGCUAAUUAUUAAAAUGAAAUUCCUAGCUGAUUCUGUUUAAUUUUAAAUAACUUGCAUUUUAAACAUAAAUUUUACAAAUUAAAUUAAUUUGCUUUCCAAUUUUUGCGAAUUGAGAUUAUUAAAAAAAAUUUAGAAUAAAAUUUAUGUAUAAGAACAAAUCAACCUUGGGGGAGUUAAGGAAACUCAGUACCUUGCUUAUAAAGUCCUUUCUCGACCGCUUUUCUCAACGCCUCUAAUGCAGCUAGUUUCAGGAUUUGACAAUGUUCUGAAACUAGCCCACGAUUGGGAAGACUAUACAGGCUCAGAAUAUUCUCUAAAAUCAGAACUUCAUGAAAUUUACGAUUUGCUUAAAAGAUGGAGAGAAAGUGAACUCCAAAACUGGGAAGGGCUACUAGAGGCUAAAAAGUCAGAAAUGAUAGGACAAGAUGCCAAGCUAUGGGCUAGGCUGUUUAGAGUUCUUUAUGUUGAAAAAGUUAGAGGGAAAGAACUUUAUGAAGCUCUUGAAAUGUAUAUCCGGUCAUCAAGUUUAGGAUGCUUCGAAAACAGGCUUAGAGUGCUGAAACUAUUUGAAGACAAAGUAGACGCCGACCAAGUCCCAUCUCUUCACCAUAUUUAUGCAUUUUAUACCCAAUUCCAAGAGCACUUCAAUAAGACUAUUGAUUUUUAUUUAGAACCUAUAAAAAACAAGCUUAAAGAAAUCGUAAAAAUCGCCAGAUUUAACGUCUCAAACUAUCAUGCAUGGAGAGAAACUGCAUUCAGAGCUCAUAGGCAGCUGAAUACCUUGAUAAAAAAAUACAAAGAUGUGCUAGUCCUUAAAUUCGAAGACGAAAUUUUGAGAAAAAUCAGGCAGGACUAUUCAGAAAGUAUCUUAGAGAAGCCUAUACAAGUUCUCGAGACUGCAGAGCCUGAUAAUGUAUUUGAGGAACUUUCAUUAAGAAUUUUCGAGAGGAUUGAGACUAUUAAAAAUAUAGAAAAUGAACAAGGGAUUAAAUAUAGGUCUUUAAUUGAUUUAUUGAAUAAUUUGAAAGAGCUAGGAUUUAGCCAGUUUUACCAUUCAAAAGAUACAGAAAAAUUGUCAUUCAGUGAGCAGCCCGUAAUUAAUUAUUAUCCAGAAGAGUUGAAAGAAGUGAUUGGCAAAGGAGAAGAGUAUUAUUAUAGAUGCAUUGAUAAAUUGACCAUUCUUCAUUCACUUAUGGGGAUUAAUGAUAUAAUUAAGCUAGAGGAUAAAGAAAAAUGUUUAGGGUAUGCAAUUUUUAUUAUGUAUUCUUUGAUUGAAGCAAGAAGAGCACUAGCUAGCUCUUUAGAAACUUAUAAGGCUUAUGCAAAACUGAAUAAUGAAGAAAUGAAAGUAGUCUGCCAAAUUAAUGAAGUAGUAAAAGAAGCUGUUCUUGAAAAUCUUCAGUUAGAAAUAGAUCAAGAUACUGGCUUCAAGAUAUCAUGCUUUAAAGUUUCAGGCACUAUGAAUGAUCUAUCUUUAUGCAAAACUGCAUUAAGCCAGUUCAGACAUUAAAAUGGCGUAGUGAGCUACCCCAUACUCUUAAAUCCUGUAGCUGGCAUCUCACAGGGUGCGCACAUGUAACUUGAGGAAGGAAGGAUGACGUUCGGUAAUGUGUAUCCGGCCAGGUUUUGCUUGCUUUGGCGAAGCGCAAUGUAGGGUUAGCUGAACGCAUGCUUUACUCAAAUACCAAGAUUUUGCCUUAGAGAGGAAUGGAGCCAAGAGCUGGAAAGAGAUCUCCCAUUAGUGUCAUUGGUGUUUAUCCUGGCCACGGGACUGUGGGCUUCGGAUUUCCAUUUUGCAGAAAUCUACCAGAAAACUCAAAAUUUUGAAUUUUCCAUGGUGGCAAUCUUAGUUGGCGAGGUGACAUAGCUCACUCAACUACCAUGAGCGAGUGCAGGCUCUUUUCGAGGAGGAGCAUCCUUUUUAAGGUUUUCUAAAACUGGCAAGCAGGUGAAUAGGGCUCUAUGGAUAGGGGUAGUCCUUCGGUAAUUGCAGGGGCUCCUCAAUAACUCUAAUAAACGUAAAAACUCAAUAAGCCAGCUUUCAGAAAUUCCAAAAUAUUCAGAAAUUGCUUCUAGCCUCUCAGCAAUUCUUCCGGAGCCGCGUUCGAUUCCGAAAUACUUACUCCCCCUUCAUGAGUGAAAAAAAAAUAGCUCAGGCUUAAUUUUAUUUUAAAAAUUAAUAUAUAAAUUUUAUAAUAAAAUGUUGUUUCGAAAUUUAAAAAAAUCCAUUUCUGCAAAAAUUGAGAUAAAAAUUAAUUUAAUUUCCGAAAUUUUAUGUUUUAAAAUGCAAUCUUAAUAUUAAACAGAAUUAGCUAGAGAUUUCAUUAUAAUAAUUUAUAUAUGGAUUUUUUUAUCAUAAAAAAUAUUUAUAUUAAAAUAUAUUUUUGUUCUUUUAUCCAAAAAAUAGGGAUUUUUCCAAUCGUUUUGUUCGCUCACUUAUGAGGGAGUUAGAAAAAUCUGAAAUUCCAGACACUUAUGUUGAGGAUCUCACUUCUUAUCCUUUGCCAGCUAUAUGCUCUUAUUAUAAAAGUCUUGGAAAGCUCUUAUACAUUUUAAUCUCAAUAUUUUCCAGUCUUUUUUCAAAAGGAUUUUGCGGCUCUGAAGAAGAAGAAGAAGCAGGUGAAGAGUCAGGCGAGCAGUUAGUUGAAGGGACUGGACUUGGAGAAGGCAAAGGAAAUAAAGAUAUCGGAGAGGAAUUAAUUGAUGAAGAACAGUUCCAAGAACUUCAAAACCAAGAAGAAAGCGAACAAAAAGAUGUGGACAAAGAAGGAGGAAUGGAUGUAAGGGAAGAAUUUGAAGGAGAAGAAAGAAGCGCUGAAGGCAGUGAAGGCGAAGAUAUAGAAGGAAAUGCCGAAGGAAACGAAAAACUUAUGGAAGAAGAACAAGAAGCCCGCAAAGCUGAAGGAGAAGUAAGGGAGUCUGCAAACCCAGAGAUGACCAAAGAAUCAGAAAUGGAAGCCGGACUUCAACCUCAAGAUAGAGAAGGUGAAGCUGAAGACUUUGAAAUGGCCCCACCAGAGUCAGGAUCUGAAGAAAACAUGGAUAUGGACAUCGACGCCAAAGAAGAAGACUUAAUAAACGUUGAUAAAAGAAACGAAGACUACGAAAGUUCACAACAAGACAGCGGAGAAGAAAGCAUGCAAGAAGACUCCGAAGCUGAACAAAACCAAACCAAUGAACCCAACCUAAAUGAAGCAGAAAUGGAAGGUAAAGAGACAAAAGAAAUAGAAGGAUCCAGUGGAGAGGAAGAAGAAAAAAGAUUAGAAGAAUACAAGGACAGAGAAUUCACAGAUUAUGAUAAAGAAGCUUAUGGGGUUGACAAUCAAGCUGCAAACACUGAUAAAAUGAAAGGAAAUGAAAAUAAAGGAGAGCAAAAUUCCAAAGAUAAAGGAAGCUAUACAGAUGUCAUUAGCCAGAUGAAAGGUGAAUGAAACUCCCAGCAGCAACAGCAGCAGAGUGAAACCGGUCAAAACCCAGAAACUGAAAUAGAAGCCACUGUUAAUGAUGUAGAAACCGUAAAUAUGCCAGAUGAUAUGAGUAUAGACAGGCCAGAGUCCUCAAAUAUCUACACCUUUGACGAAAAUUUCAAUGAUGUCACCUCAGCUCCCAGCUUAAAAAAUAAUCCCGAGCAAGAAGCAGGCAAACAAGUCCAGCCUAAAAAGUCAGAACGCAAAGAAAGGCCUAGAGAAGAAGUCAAAAGUGAAAGCUUCAAAACUUUUGACAGCACAAAGAGAGAUGAGCAGAGAAACGUAAUUCCAAAAAUUGAUAUGAUUAAUUUCAAUGAAGGGAAUGUUGGAAGAAAAGGAACUCAUAGAACUGGAGGAGAAGAAGUCCCUAUGAGCAUUGAUAAUAGCCUUUUAGAUCCACUAGAAGAACUUGAAAAGCUUAUUCUCGAUUAUUAAGCAGCGCUCUCCUUUGUCGUUAUCAAUUUGGGUUUCUUUUAUUGAAAAUUUGUGAUUUAAACAAAUGAUUAAAAUAAAAUAUUCUAAUUAUCAGCUCUAAAGGAUGGUUUAAAAAAAAUUUCAAUAAUAAUCAAAAUAAAUUUUAAAAAUUUAAAAAGACAUUAAAUAUACUUAUUAAGAGUCACCAAAAAUUUUAUAAAAAAUAUUAUAGAUUAUAUUCGUAAUGGGGAGGGUUAGAAAUCAAGUAAAUAUGGAAGCUUUUGAAAAAGGACUUGCUGAAUGGGAAAACUACGAAAGAGAAACUAGUUAUAUUGCACAAGAGCUAUGUGAACAGUUAAGAAUCAUCCUCGAGCCGACAAAAGCAAAAGGCCUUCAAGGGGAUUAUAAAACUGGUAAAAGAAUCAAUAUGAAAAAAGUCAUUGCUUACAUUGCAAGCCAGUUUAGAAAAGAUAAAAUCUGGCUUAGAAGAACUAGACCUACUGCAAGAGAAUAUCAAGUACUUCUAGCUAUUGAUGAUUCUUUUAGUAUGAAGCAGCAUGGACUAGGAGAUAUUGCGAAAAAAGGCUUAUCAAUUUUGGCCCAAGCUUUGCAUAAGCUUGAAGUAGGAGAACUCGGGGUUGCAGGCAUCAGAAAUGGUAUGAAUUUAUUACAUGACUUUGGCCGGCCUUUUUCAAGCGACGAAGGAGGCUUUAUUAUGUCUCAGCUUGACUUUGAAUAUGGAAGAGAUGUGGGCUCUGAUACAGCAUAUCCAAGAUUUAUGCAGCAGUGCUAUGAUUAUUUAGAAAAAUGUGGAAACCAAAACAUGCAGCUCGUUAUUAUUAUUUCUGAUGGAAGACUCAAUAAAAACAAAGUCAGGCCGGCUCGUUUGGCUUUUGAGAGAUACGGGCUGUAUACAAUAUAAGAAACCAAUAUGUAAUUAAAAGAAAAGAGCCAGUGUUUUACAUCAAUAAGAUAUCAUUAUGUACUAUAAGUAACUUAUAAUAAGGAGCAAAAAAACCAUUAAAUUUGACAGUAAAAUUUUUUUUUUUAUGUCUUAAUGAAAAAAGCUUGUUGGCUAUAUAAACUAUGAUACUGUUAAGUCUAUUAAAUAAGCAACUUAUAUGUACUAGAAAUAAGAUCUGACAGUUUCAUAUAAUAGCAAACUGACGUUAUACCUUGUUUGCAAUUCCAUUCUGAAUAUAUUAAAAAAUCAAUAAACGCUUCUCUUAAUAAAAAAAUAAAUCAUUAUGUCACUAAAUUGGGUUUAAGUCAUCUCAGUAAAAAACGAAUUUCAUCUCUUUUGCUCAAGAGAUAACGGUUUAUUAGGUGCUGCAAAAACCUGCUUAAAAAGACCGUUAUAUUUGCGCAAAAAUUAAUAUAAUUUCUGCACCGAUUUGCGUUGCAACACACAUUAAUAUAGUGAAACGAUGCUUUAUUUUGAGCCUUAUUUAUAUCAGAUUUUAUGUCUUAUAUAAGAGAAUUCAAUAUGAUCUAAUAUUUCGAAACUAUCAGCUCAUGAAAAUGCGAAAUCGUUUGCUCAGUGAAAAAAAACAUUAAACAGAGCUCCUUAAAAUAGAAAUUUAUUUUUUUAAGAAAAAUAAUUUAAAAUUUUGUUAUUAAAUACUUUUAGAGCAAGCUUUGCUUAUUUAUUGCGCUUUUUUUUACAAAUAGUAACAAUAUUUAAGGUAAAUCAUACUUAUUUCAGUUCUAAGUGUGCCUCUUUCAGUGGCUAUUAAAUAUAUUAAAAAUUAUUAAAAAAUAUAUAAAACCGUUUUUUAAGACAUAUUCUUUCAAAAUAUAUCAAAACGAUGACCAAAAUUUGCAAUAUUUUUUGAGUUAAUUUCCUUAAAAAAGGUUUUUAGAAGUUUUUUAAUAAUUUUAAUAUCUUUAAUAGACACUGAAAGAGGUACACUUAGAACUGAAAUAAGUAUGAUUUACCUUAAAUAUUGUUAUUAUUUAUACAAAAAAGCGCAAUAAAUAAGCAAAGCUUGCUCUAAAAGUAUUUAAUAACAAAAUGUUAAUUUAUUUUCUUAAAAAAAUAAAUUUCUAUUUUAAGGAGCUCUGUUUAAUGUUUUUUUCAUUGAGCAAACGAUUUCGCAUUUUCAUGAGCUGAUAGUUUCGAAAUAUUAGAUCAUAUUGAAUUCUCUUAUAUAAGACAUAAAAUCUGAUAUAAAUAAGGCUCAAAAUAAAGCAUCGUUUCACUAUAUUAAUGUGUGUUGCAACGCAAAUCGGUGCAGAAAUUAUAUUAAUUUUUGCGCAAAUAUAACGGUCUUUUUAAGCAGGUUUUUGCAGCACCUAAUAAACCGUUAUCUCUUGAGAAAAAGAGAUGGAUUUCGUUUUUUAUUUAACUGGAUGAACUUUGACUUAUAAACAUAACAAUUCCGUUUUUUAUUGAAGCAAGCGUUUAUCGAAAUUUUUUUAUUUUCAUUAGACUCUCGCAAAUUAUCUAGACCGUUAGGUUGCAUUGAUGAAUUGCUGGUAUCGUCUAUUUUGCUUAGUUACUAGGUCUUUUUUAUUAAGGACUCAACUGUUUCCAUUUUUGUGGAGAUCUAGAAUCUUCUAUUUUUGUGAUAUAAAAACAAUUUUUACAGUCAAAUUUAAUGGUUUUUUUGCUCCUUAUUAUGAGUUACCUGAAGGACAUGAUGUUUUCUUAUUUAUAAGAGAUACUAACUCUUUUCUUUUCAUUAAAUAUUGGUUCUUCAUUUUAUGGACAUCCCGUAUCUCUCAAAAGCCAAACGAGCCAGUCAGGCCAUGGGUGAGAAAAAAUGAAGGGAUUUUCUUUUUAUUUGUAAUUGUUGAUAACCAAGAAAGUUCUAUUAUGGAUAUGCAGAGCGUUGUGUUUGAGAAAAAGGACGGGAAAAAUUUAGUGAAGAAGACAUCAUAUUUGGAAGAUUUUCCUUUUGAAUAUUAUGUUGUGGUACAAAAUCCGGGAUUGCUGGUUACAAUUUUGUUGGAUGUCAUAAAGCAGUGGUUUGAACUGAUGAAAGAAUAA